CCGCCCGCGGCGCCCAACUCCGCGCGGGAUGGCGGACACAGCCCGGGUUCCACGCGGCCGUGGCGUCGCGGCCGGAAGCCCCCUCACGAGGCUGCGGGGAGAGACUACGCGGACCUCGCACAGGGCGCGGCAAGGCUCGGAGAGGCGCUUGGCAGCAAGGAACCCCUGCCUCCGCGCGUGGCGCCCCCGGACGGACAGACCAGCGGAGGACCACCUCAUCCUCCCCCAUCUGUGCAGUACGGGAAAGGCUGACGGCCUUCUCGCCCCAGACGUUGCCAGGACACCUGGAAUAGAGCACGGCCAUCUCCAAUCCAGGUUGCCCGCGGAGAACAGGAGGGGGACGAGCGCUGGCCCCACGUCCCUCCCCACAAGCCCGCAGGAGCCGCUUCUGGAAGCCCCAUGGUCAGAGCUCCUCCUCUGGCUUCCCCCGGGGAUGACCGGGUGCCGAGAUUCUCAGGGUGUUUUGAGUUUCCUGAUAGGGAUGUACCCAGUGCAUCCAGGAUUUUGUAGAAAGCAUCUGGCAACCCUGCUUCUGUCUGACAAUGAAAACGGCGUUCACCAACAGGUGUUGCCUUUACACCGUAGCUGCCAGGAAAUAUUGGAGCCACGUUCUCCCAAAACCCUGGUCGCGCUUUCCUCCUCUGAUGCUUAUUCUGAUGAUUAUCCUAAUUGUGACUUUUAAACUUGUCCCAAGCCAGUUAACAAACGUUCAGACUACCUCUGGAACCGAAAGUACCGUCUCUGUGACAUAUGUAGAUGGUAAAGUUAGUGCCUGUUGGUAUAGAGGGAGAUGCGAGCACACUGGAGCUGUCAGCUGACCUGACGCAGGAUUUACUGGGGAGAUGGCAUUGGACCUGAGGCCUGAUUUGUGUGAAGGGAUUUUGUUGUUGGCUUUUGAAUUCGAAUGGAGAUACAGACAGAGAUUAGUGGCUGGCGAGUUGCAGCCCCAAGUGUGUGGACUCAUUCUCGAACACAAGAAGGCAGCUCUGGAGCUCACAGGACAAAAGAGGUUACCAAGAUAAUAAAUUCAGGAACUGUCACUAACAUGACUGUGUUUGUAACCACAAGCCAUGAGGCCUAGAGACAUUGGGGUUGCAUCCAAAAUACAUGAGAAAAUGGAGGGCAUGGGGUGAAGCGAUUCACUAUGGCCUAGAACCCAGGAAGGUUUCCUGGAGAAGGUUGAAGCCAUACCCACCCCUAGGUUGGAAGAUUUUUUGGAAAAUGAGCAUAAUAUUGUUGGAAGACAAUGAAGACUUCCUGGGCAGGAUGAUUAAUUUCCACAUCCUUGUGUUUACCUGAUAUGUGAAAUGAAGGGUAAGGUAAAGGGAAUGUAGCUGCAGGUUUGAGUCCGCAGUCUACAAUCAAGAAAAGACAGAAAAAAACAAAGGAAGGAGACAAUAUUGGGGCAGAAGAACUCAAUGGGACAGGAGUCAUAUUGGUGAAGGAGGUGUUGCUCAGAUAACAGAUUUCACGACAACCAAUAUCAACCAAAAUGGAGCCCAAACAGGAAAAAUCUUGUGCCUCAAAAAUUAAUAGCAGGAAGAAUUAAAAAAAAAACAGUGAGAUACACUACACACCAGUUUGGCUAAAAUUCAAAAUACUGACAACACCAAAUGCUGGCAAGGAUGUGGAGCAGCAGGAAUUCUCAUUCAUUACUGGCACGAAAGAAAAUGGCAUAGACACUUUGGAAGACUGUCUGGCAGUUUGUUACAGAGCUAAGCAUGGACUUACCAUACAAUUCAGCAAUUAUUCUCCUACGUAUUUAUCCAAAUGAAUUGAAAACUGAUGUUCUCACAAAAAUAUGUUCAUGGAUGUUUGUAGCAGCUUUAUUCAUAAUUGCCAAAAUUUGGAAGCAACUAAGAUGUCCCUCAGUGGGUGAAUGGAUAAACAAAAUGUAGUACAUCCAUAAAAUGGAAUAUUAUUCAGUGAUGGAAAUGAGCUGUCAAACUACAAAAAAAACUGUGGAGAAAUAUAUCUCAAUAAAAGGAAGAUUAAAAAAAAAAAAAAACUGCGGA